AUUGUGUCUGUGCAGUUUCAAGAGAGGUUAUACCAACAGCAAGCAGAUUACUCAAGGAGUUUUGGACUACGAGUAGAAGACGAGAAAGAAAAUAAACAAUACUAGCAAGAAUUAGAGGACCUUCCACCGAUGGACAGCUCAAGAAAGAGAGAGAAGGAAGAAAGGAAAGGAGAGAUGGAUUAACUUUGAAUCAACCUUGGUGGAAGUAGGGAAGUUGUGACGACUUUGGGGAAAAUCGAAUGGAAUCAGGCAGUUACCUGAGGCACAGAUCUGAAGUUGUGCUCCCACACAGUGAAUAUCAGCCCUGCCAAUCACUGUGUGUGUUAGUAAGGAUCCCGGCUGUGCCGAUGUUCUUAGAACACUAGUAUGAUCGGCUGUUCUGGGCUUUAAGACACCUGCGCACAUGGUGAAAUAACACAUAGCUCUUUGUUAGGGAUCGUUCUGGACUUCUGAGCCAUUCCUGCAAGUUCCUACUGUACAUGGUUUUCAGUGUUUUAGAGCAGAACCUUUUAAUAUUUCAUACAUAGAUGUGCAGUAUCCAAUCUCAACUUCAAUUCCAUUUCAGACUGGUUAUAGAUUUGGUUAUACGACGCAAAACACAUAAUUAAUCGCCUACCUGUACUUCCAUUGUUGCAUGCAGCCCUUUCUAAAGUCGCGCAAAUGAGGUAGUUUAACUUCUUACAGUUUAAAUACUCAUUUCAAAUCUGGUGAAAACAGUUGGCAGACUAGAUAGCGCAUUGAUUUAUGAUUGUUUCAGAGAGCCAGGGUCUGUUUGCGUUAUGACGAAGUGAAUCUUAGCAGGCUCUGCCUCACCACGAAAGAGAAAAAAAACUCACAAAACCAGACCAGGUGUUAGGAGAAAAACAAGAAUUUUAUAAGCGAAAGCUUUUGUAGGAUUCAAAUCUGUGAUGUGGUUAGUCGGCUACCGUUUCAGAUAUAAACACAACAGCCUUAUGCAUAACAAGUAUGAUAUUAUUUAAAAGUGGCUACUCCAUUAGUGUUUGCAAUAUUUGAGCUUAGUCUUUGAGUGCUAAUAAGUGGUUCGACGGCAAAGUUAAGUGUGGAAAUUGCCACACGAUAGGAUUUUCUUUUUACUCUUGAAUGUGGAGGAUUGUUUUAAUUAGCCGCCUUCGGUUGGUUGUUAUCGCAUGUGAUAUUAGUUGCUUGAGGAUUAAAAUGCAGCCGCUAAAGUGAUUUAGUUAACCCUGCACUUAAAGAGCACUGGUGUUUAGUGUAGUAAUUUUGCUGCGGUUUCAGCUGUGUAGCGUGUGCUGAAUUGUGCAGUCAUCAACCACAGAGGCCUCAUUGAUCAGCUACCGAGCCUCAAUACACAAUGAGACGAGGCCAGCGAUCUCUCCUCCUCUCCUCCACUCCAUCCCUCCUGCUGCGAUCCCUCGUUCUGCUCUCCCUCUGCCCGCGGGGGCAGGCCGUGCAGGCUGAGAACGUGACCGUGCUGGAGGGGGGAACAGCACAGAUCUCCUGUCGUCUCCAGAACUAUGACGGCUCAAUCGUGGUCAUCCAGAACCCACGCAGACAAACGCUCUUCUUCAAUGGAACUCGAGCACUGAAAGACGACCGUUUUCAGAUGGUUCUUUUCACGCCGCGCCUGGUGCGGAUCACAUUGACUAAUGUAAGUGUAUCUGACGAGGGCGGCUACUUCUGUCAGCUCUACACCGAUGACACACACCACCAGGUGGCGACGCUGUCGGUGGUGGUGCCCCCGGAGGUCCCUACAGUGGAGGUGAAGACAGAGGCAGUGGAGGGUGGAGAGGUGGAACUCACAUGCAUGUCCCCGCGGAGCAAACCACCAGCCACACUGCGCUGGGUUCGAGACCGCCGAGAAAUCGCAGGUGUGAUCUCUCAGCAGGAGAACGGCAAGACUGUGAGUGUUUCCAACACUAUCCGUAUCCCCGUGGAGAGGAAAGAUAACGGAGCGGCGCUGAGCUGUGAGGCGUCUCACCCGGCACUCGUGGGGCAGAAGCGAGUUCGUCACUACAGCUUGGACGUUCACUUUGCUCCUACGGUGAAAAUCAUUCCCCCUCAGGGCAUCCUCCGAGAGGGAGACUCCCUCAGUCUCACCUGCUCCGUUACCGGCAACCCACUACCACGUGACAUCCAGUGGUCACGAGUGAACGACACUCUUCCUGAGAGGGCGGAGAAAACGGGCAACAUUCUCCAAAUGUCUCGCCUCAGCCAAUCACACAACGGCACCUACCUCUGUCAGGCCCAUAAUAAUUACGGCCGUGCAGCCGACCACUACACACUGCUGGUGUAUGUGUCUGUCCCUCCCAACUCUCAUCCUGCCAUCGCUCACCCCAUCCUUCCAUCCUCCAGCUUUACAAAGGAAUACCAAGACCCCGGAGCAGUGGUAGAAACCCACAGUGCUGUUCCGUAUGCAGUGAUCGGGGGCAUUCUGGCUCUGCUGGUCUUCACGGUCAUCUGUGUGCUCAUCGUCACCAUCUGGUGCUCCGUCCGACAGAAAGGUUCAUAUUUGACUCACGAGGCCAGUGGGUUGGAUGAACACGGUGAGGUACAGGAGGCGUUCCUCAAUGGUAAUGAUGCCAGCCAAGGCAAGAAGGAGUACCUACUGUAGCGCCGCCCUAGUGGAGCUCUUCAGAAACACUGGACCGCUGCAGAAUGCACACCGCAACACACACUGUUCCCAAACAGACCUACACACCACCACAACGACAACCAGAGGGAAUCACAAUCGUGCCAUAUGAAGCUGGAGUGGGAAGGAGGGGAUGGAGACAAUAAUGGAGCGGGGUGGAGAGCGAGAGA